AUGCUCUCCCAAACUAAAUUUCAGUUAUUCAAGUUCACUUCCCUCCAUUUCCUCUCAAAGCCACUCCACUUAUCUACCUCCUCACACAUCACCAAGAAAUCAUGCAUAUUCCUUCUCAAGAACUGCAAAUCCAUGCAACACCUCAAACAAAUCCAAACCCAGAUCCUCCGAACUGGAUUCCACCAAAGCGGCGACACCCUCAACAAGUUCAUGGUCUGCUGCACAGACCCAUCGAUUGGAAAUUUGCACUACGCGGAGAGAAUCUUCAAUUACAUUGAUAUCCCAGAUUUGUUUAUAUACAAUCUCGUGAUUAAAGCAUUUACGAAGAAUGGUAGUUUCAGGAAAGCUGUUUUGCUCUUUAGACAAUUGAGAGAGGAGGGGUUGUCUCCUGAUAAUUUUACGUACCCGUUUGUUUUUAAGGCUAUUGGAUGUUUAGGGGAGGUUCGGGAGGGUGAAAAGGUUUAUGGGUUUGUGGUGAAGAGUGGACUUGAGUUUGAUACUUACGUUUGUAACUCCCUCAUGGACAUGUAUGCCGAAGUGGGUAGGGUUCAGAAUUUGAGGCAGGUGUUUGAGGAAAUGCCUCAGAGAGAUGUGGUUUCUUGGAAUGUUUUGAUUUCUGGGUAUGUGAAGUGUAGGAGAUAUGAGGAUGCGGUUGAUGCUUUUCGGCGUAUGCAACAGCAGAGUAGUUUGAGGCCUAAUGAAGCUACUGUUGUGAGCACUCUUUCAGCUUGUAUAGCGUUGAAAAUGUUGGAACUUGGGAAGGAAAUUCAUCGUUAUGUUAGAGAGCAACUUGGAUUCACUAUUAAAAUAGGGAAUGCAUUGGUAGACAUGUACUGUAAGUGUGGGCAUUUGAGUAUUGCCCGACAAAUUUUCAAUGACAUGCCAAUCAAAACUGUGAUUUGUUGGACUAGUAUGGUGUCUGGAUAUGUAAAUUGUGGUCAGCUGGAUGAAGCCAGAGAACUCUUCGAGAGAAGUCCAGUCAGGGAUGUUGUUCUUUGGACGGCUAUGAUUAAUGGGUAUGUGCAGUUUCACCGUUUUGAUGAGGCAGUGGCCCUCUUUCGAGAGAUGCAAAUCAAAAGGGUCAGUCCUGAUCGGUUCACGUUGGUUGCUCUUCUCACUGGUUGUGCUCAGUUGGGAACUCUGGAGCAAGGGAAAUGGAUCCAUGGAUACAUAGAUGAAAAUAAAAUUAUGAUAGAUGCAGUUGUUGGUACAGCUCUCAUUGAAAUGUAUGCAAAAUGUGGGUUCAUAGAGAAAUCACUGGAGAUUUUCAAAGGUUUAAAAGAAAAGGAUACAGCUUCAUGGACCUCAAUCAUUUGUGGGCUGGCUAUGAAUGGCAAGACAAGCAAAGCACUUGAGUUAUUCUCAGAAAUGGAACAAACUGGUGUUAAACCUGAUGAUAUCACCUUCAUCGGUGUUUUAAGUGCUUGUAGUCAUGGAGGAUUGGUGGAGGAAGGUCGGAAACAUUUUAGAUCCAUGACCGCAGUUUAUCGAAUCGAGCCUAAGUUAGAACACUAUGGGUGCCUGAUUGACCUCCUCGGUCGUGCUGGGCAGUUAGAUGAAGCAGAGGAGUUGAUAGAGAAGAGUCCAAAUGUAAACAAUGAGGUUAUAGUUCCACUUUAUGGUGCUUUGCUUAGUGCUUGCAGAACCCACGGCAACGUUGAGAUGGGUGAAAGAGUGGCUAAACGGCUUGUGGGUAUUGAAUCAGGUGAUUCCAGUGUUCAUACCCUUCUUGCCAAUAUCUAUGCUUCUGCAGACAGGUGGGAAGAUGUAACGAAGGUGAGAAGAAAAAUGAAAGAUUUGGGCGUAAAGAAGGUACCUGGGUGUAGUUCAGUUGAGGUUAAUGGCAUUGUCCAUGAAUUUCUGGUUGGAGAUGCAUCUCACCCAGAAAUGAGGGAGAUUUAUUCUAUGCUGGAUAUUAUAGCUAAGCCGUUGUUGGGUUUAGAUGAAAAUGAAAUGGAGGAAGAAACCCCAGUUCCUGUACUUUUGUGAUGAAUGGAGCUCUUUUCUGCGAAUUUUUCCAGCUCAAAUCGGAAGAUGUGGAAGAUCUGCAAUUUUUCUCAACAUCACACAUUGCUUUUGCUAUUGAAUAAGUGAGUAGAAAACUAAGAGUUUCUCAGCAGUGGAUCCAGCUAUCUAAGAAAAUUUUCUUGCGACGAGGAGAGGCCGUAAAAGGAUUUUUUGCUUGAUUUUGUGGCGUUUAGGGUGCUUGUUUGAAGAUGUUGAAGAUUUUGAGAAGAGUAAGACAUUCUUCAGCUAGUCCCAACGCCUCAGCCUGAUUUUUGGAACAUUCCAAAGGUUUGGGCGCUACUUUGUGACCAACCCACACAAUCUGUAGAAGUGGCUCACAGAAACGGAACAAAAUAUUUUGAUUCCAAUGCUGAAGCUUCAAGGAAUUGUUUGUGCCUAAAAAGAUAAGGUUAUGAUCAUCUGCAGAUAAAACCAUGAAUGAAGCUAGCAGGCUGGAGGUAUAUAUUGAAGAGGACCCUGAGACGCAGCAUGGAAGAGUCACAAUAUUAACCAGGGUAGAAUUACCAAAGACGAGGGGUGGCUGGUACUCCUGGCUGUCUGCAUUUGAUGUGAGGUCCAAGAAUGAGGAAGGGUAGAAUUACUCAAGGCAUUUGAGCUGUGGCUAAAACACUCUUUAAGGCACUCGGCCUUUGCAUUUUGUAUUUAUGAUCAUAUCUUGGUAACAUAUAUAAAAAAUCACUGAAUGCCCUUAAGUGGGAUUUUUUGGGUCCCAUUAGGCAUUAUAACAUAUACUAAUCGUCAAACUGCUCCUUGGCUAUA